AUGGAGCAAAUUUUGAUGCGCUUCUCUCCCGUGGCCCUACCCCCGGCUGACACCUUCCACGACCAGACAUGUCUCGUCACAGGUGGCACAGGCGGCCUAGGCCUCGCGCUCGCGGCGCACUUCAUUAAUCUGGGCGCGAAGCAGGUCGUCAUCACCAGCCGGAACGCCGCCAAGUCGAAAAAUGCUCUCAAGGAGCUCGAGAAACUGACCAGUGGGAAGAGCGCUCCCAAGGACAAGGUCCGGGUGAUGGAGCUCGACAUGUCCUCAUUCAAGUCGGUCGUGAACUUUGCGGCCGAGGCUAGCAAGAUCAACUCCGGCAAGGGCGGACUGGACUGCGUGUUCCUGAACGCAGGUGCUAUCGCCGUCGACUAUGAGCUCACAGACGACGGGUUCGAGACAAAUCUCCAAACAAACGCUAUCGGUACCGCCCUCCUCGCCCGUCUGCUCCUCGACUCUAUGCUGCGCGAGCGUCCCAAUCGGACAACCCUGGCCCACAUGGGUCUCACUGGAUCCGGGCACCACCUUACUUUCACCGUCGAAGAGCUGGACAAGUGGGCGGCAACACCCCCCAUGGGAGACGGUGGCAGCGUCCGAGGAGGAUUGGUCGGAUACGUCAACGACCCGAAAAAGUACCCGAACCCGGACUUCUCGUACUCGAUCACAAAGACGCUUGCGCACUACGCGAUGGCUCAGAUAGCCGAGCUGGCCAGAGAUGAGAAGACUGGGAGGCCACAAGUCAUUGUCAACACGUGCUGUCCAGGCAUUGUCAAAACCGACUUGGCGCGGAACCACGCGGCGAAAGGCCUGCACAUGGUGGCGGGCAUCGCCCUCUUCCACGGUGUCCUGGGCAAGACGGCAGAGCAGGGUGCACGCACGCUGUUGCGGUCCGUCAUGACGGGAGAGGAGCAGCACGGAGAAUUCAUCCGCUUUUACGGCGACAAGGCAAAGACCGCCGAGCAAUCCAGCAAGUUGUUCAAGAGUGAAACUGGAAAGAAGGUGCGCGCUGCCUUUUGGCGUGAAGUUGGAGAUGUCGUCCGAGAAAAGGCCCCUAGUGCGGCGCAUUUGUUUCCCCGGGCUGAGAAAGCCUAG